GCUUCCGGUGUCAUACACAGUGCUAGCGACAGGGUAGCGGCUACAUCAUCUUCAGAGAAAGUGAAAUACCAUCUCACAGGGGGAAGAGCAGUUCCACUAUCUAUGUCAACAUGUAUUUCCUUUAGUAACCUGGUGGCGAGCCCGAUGCGUGGGGAGGAUACACUUUGAGUCCCAUGCUCUGAACCUUGUUCUUAUCCCCCUCUUGCUGCGGGUCAGAUGGUAUUUCCCACACUUCUCUGAAGAGGAUCUAGACGGCGACGCUGCUACCAUAGCAAUAGCAGCGGUCAGUCACCCUGCGCUGCCUGUCACUGUGUCUGUGUGCACAGUUACUGCGACAUGGCGGUAGCGUGCCUGGUGCAGAAGAACAGGAGAGCGACCCUGGAGCGGGUGGAGAAAUUCAUCUCCGAGCUGUACUUCACUGACUGCAAUCUGCGGGGAAAGUUAUUUGGAGCAACAUGUCCUCUAGAUUCUCUCUCCUGCUUUCUAACAGAGGAGCGUAUCCCCUAUGAUAGUGCAGUGACAAGAGUGUUUCAUACAGCACAGGUUGGACAAACCUUUGGCCCUACAUGGUGGACAUGUUGGUUCAAAGUGCAGCUGAGUAUCCCUAAGGAAUGGUCAGGACAGGAAGUCCACCUGAUAUGGGAAAGUGAUGGUGAGGGAUUGGUGUGGAAGGAUGGUGUGCCUGUGCAGGGUUUAACAAAGGAGGGUGAGAAAACCAGCUACAUAUUAACCAGUGAAUUGAAAGCUGGUGAUCCUCACAGUAUGACUCUGUACAUUGAGAUGGCCUGCAAUAGUCUCUUUGGUGCCGGUCAGGGAGGGAUGAUUGCUCCUGUCGAUCCGCAUAAAACAUUUACUCUGCAAAAGGCUGAACUUGCCAUUUUCCACCGAGAUGUAGAAGAGCUAAUUCUGGAUUUUGAAGUUUUAUAUUCUAUGGCUAAGUUACUUGGUGAAGAUAAUCAAAGAAGCUUUCAGGCUCUGUACGUAGCCAAUCAAAUGGUCAAUUUGUGUGAUGUCAAUGAUCCUGGAACAUUUGCUGCUGUCCGCAAGUUAUCUUCCACAUUCUUCAAUCAAAAGAAUGGUGACAGCCAACACAUUGUUCAUGCUGUCGGGCACUGCCACAUUGACUCCGCUUGGUUAUGGACAUAUGAAGAAACCAUUCGAAAAUGUGCUCGCAGCUGGGUUACUGCAGUGCAACUAAUGGCUAAGAAUCCAGAUUUCACUUUUACAUGCUCUCAGGCUCAGCAACUGGAAUGGGUAAAAAUACAUUAUCCCGGAUUAUAUUUGCAAAUCAAGGAGUUUGCCCAGAUUGGCCAGUUCAUACCUGUUGGUGGCACAUGGGUGGAAAUGGAUGGAAACCUUCCCAGUGGGGAGUCCAUGGUGCGCCAGUUCCUGCAUGGACAGCUCUUCUUCCAGCAGGAGUUUGGGAAGCUGUGCUCGGAGUUCUGGUUACCGGACACAUUCGGCUAUUCUGCUCAGCUGCCCCAAUUAAUGAAUGGUUGUGGGAUCCAUCGCUUCCUCACUCAGAAGCUCAGUUGGAGUCUGGUCAAUGCUUUCCCUCAUCAUACAUUCCACUGGGCCGGCAUCGAUGGAUCUACAGUCCUGGCACAUUUUCCUCCAGGUGAUUCGUAUGGAAUGAAGGGCACAGUGGAAGAGAUGCUUAAAACUAUGAAGAACAACCGGGAUAAAGGUCGAGUCAACUGCAGUAUUGUCCUAUAUGGCUAUGGGGAUGGCGGCGGGGGCCCUACUGGCAAGAUGUUGGGAAGAUUUAGAAGGAUGGAGGAUACAGAUGGUCUGCCCAAAGUACAGCUAUCUACUCCUGACCGAUUUUUCUCUGCUCUGGAGUCAGACACUUCUCAGCUCUGCACCUGGGUGGGAGAACUCUUUCUUGAGCUGCACAAUGGCACCUACACAACACAAGCACAGUUUAAGAAAGGGAACCGGCAGUGUGAGCAGUUACUGCACAAUGUGGAAUUCCUCAGCUCUAUUGCCCUGGCCCAUGAAGAGAGUUUCAUGUAUCCGGCUGAUAAGCUUCAGCAUCUGUGGAGGUUACUUCUGUUGAAUCAAUUUCAUGAUGUAUUACCAGGGAGCUGUAUACAGCAAGUGGUUGAGGAUGCUAUUGGGUACUAUGAGGAAAUCCGAACAGAAGGAGCCAAACUUCUCAGUCAGUCUUUGCAGGCAUUGCUGCAAGCUGUUUCCCUUCCUCAGCCUACAACCAGUCAUUCAUUCACUGUAAUAAACACUUUGCCUUGGGCGCGUACAGAGGUUAUUUCUAUACCAGGGCCGUCAGGAGAGCAGACCUUGGGUCUGGUGAAAGUGCCCAGUAUGGGCUAUGUUGUGCGACCAGAACAUGUGAGUCCCAUUCAUCCUGUCACAGUAGUCAUGCAGGAUGAUGGUUCUGUAACCAUGGAAAAUGGGGUCCUGUGCGCCAGCAUAGAUUCCAUGGGACGUUUGACAUCACUAAAACUCCUAUCCUGUAACAGAGAGUGUAUCCCUAAAGCCUGUUAUGGGAACCAGUUUGUGAUGUUUGAUGAUAUUCCCUUAUACUGGGAUGCUUGGGAUGUGAUGGAUUAUCACCUGGAGACCAGGAGACCUGUAUCGGAUGUCUUGAAGAAACUAGAGAUCAGUAGCAGUGGGGGGAUGAGAGGAGUUGUCACGUUCUCUGUGAAAAUCAGUGGCAAUAGUACUAUCCUGCAGGAAAUAAUACUAGAAGCUUCAAGCCCAUACAUCCGAUUUAACACGAAGGUAAUUUGGAAGGAAGCCCAUAAGUUCCUGAAAGUUGAGUUCCCGACCACGGUUCACAGUACCAAUGCGACUUAUGAGAUUCAAUUUGGACACCUGCAAAGACCGACACACCGCAAUACGUCCUGGGACUGGGCCCGAUAUGAGGUUUGGGCUCACCGCUGGAUGGACCUGUCAGAGUUUGGCUUUGGAGUGGCUGUGCUAAAUGACUGUAAAUAUGGUUGCUCAGUACUUGGAAAUGUUCUGAGCCUUUCCUUACUAAGAGCCCCAAAGUCCCCAGAUGCAACUGCUGAUAUUGGUCAGCAUGAGUUUUCCUACGCACUCCUGCCCCAUGAGAGUUCAUUUCAGGAAGCUGGAGUAAUUCAGAGUGCAUACAACUUCUGUUUUCCCCUUCUCACCGCCUCCUCUCUGCUUACUGAGCCUCGCAAAUGGAGUGCCUUUACUGUCCUGUCUCCAGCAGUUGUCCUGGAAACUGUCAAAAAGGCAGAGAAGCAGCCAGACGCCCUUGUACUCCGAUUGUAUGAGGCUUACGGCAGCACUGUGGACACAUGGCUGAAGACAUCACUCCCGGUGAAAGAGGUUUUCUUGUGUGACCUCCUAGAACGUCCAAGUGACAGACAGACCAUUAUUUUGGAGGACCAGGGUCUGAAACUUUCUUUUACUCCAUUUAAGGUGCUCUCUGUUCUCCUAGUCCUGCAGAGGUAGCUUCCUCUGAGUGCCGCACACAGGGGGUAAUUCCAAGUUGAUCGCAGCAGCAUUUUUGUUAGCAAU